AUGGCGAAGUGCGGCCCGGAGAAGGACGUGGAGACGAAGGCUGCAUUCGUUGUGCUAAAGCGGGCAUUGGAACUAGAAACAGAGUCCAGGUAUCAGCAGGCCCUGGCGUGUUACCAAGAGGGGCUUGACAUGCUCAUGAAGAUUAUGAAAGGCACCAAAGAUGAUACUAAGAAACACAGACUCAGAGAAACAAUUUCUGACUAUAUGACUAGAGCAGAAAACAUAAAGAAAUGCUUGGAUCAAGAAAAAGAAGAAGGAAAAUACCACAAGCAAAUUAAAAUAGAAGAGAAUGCAACAGGUUUUAGUUAUGAGUCACUUUUUAAAGAAUACUUUAAUGAGACAGUUACAGAAGUUUGGAUAGAAGAUCCUUAUAUUAGACAGAUUCAUCAGCUAUAUAACUUCCUUCGAUUUUGUGAGAUGCUUGUUAAGAACCCGUGUAAAGUAAAAACUAUUCACCUUCUUACCUCUCUGGAUGAAGGGAGUGGGAGAGAACAAAGAAGUGGCUUGGAUGAAAUAAAAGAAUCACUCAAGAGUCACGGAGUGCUGUUGGAAGUAGAAUAUUCUUCUUCAAUUCAUGACCGAGAAAUUAGGCUCAGCAAUGGAUGGAUGAUUAAAAUUGGAAGGGGACUUGACUAUUUUAAGAAACCACAGAGUCGUUUUUCCCUUGGAUAUUGUGAUUUUGAUUUAAGACCGUGUCAUGAAACAACAGUGGACAUUUUUCAUAACAAACACACAAAAAAAAUAUGAUGGGUAGUAGCUUAAUUCAUAUUGUAUAUUUCUAUUUUAAGUGAUGCCUUAGUCCAUUUUCUGUUGCUAUAACUGAAUAUCACACACUGGGUAACUUAUAAAGAAUAGACACUUACUUAGCCUUUGUUUUUGGAGGCUGGGAAGUCUAAGAGCAUGGUGUUGGCAUCUGCUGAGGAUCUUUCUGCAUGAUAACAUGGCAGAGGGCGUCACAUGGGAAGACAGCAAGCUUGCCAGAGAGAGCUUGCUUCUAUAACAAAGCCUGGGAGGCAGAGCCAGUCACCUUUCAGAAGUCCCACCUCUCAUGACUGCUGUAUUGGGGACCAAGAUUCCAACAUAAGAACUUUUGGUGACACAUUCAAAUUUUACCAAGUGAAUACUGAAUUUUUUUUUUA